AUGCAGUACAGGAGUUACCUUAAAUAUGACGAACGAAAGAGUUUAGAUAAAAACUGCAAAAAGCGUUGCAAUUAAAUGAAGAAAACUCUUCCAACAAGAUCAAUUAUUAUUGAAUAAAACAUUUUUUUCCUACUGUAAGAAAUACGACUUUUGCGAAACCUGUUUUGUUUGUUUUUAUUGCCACGAAUUAUUCGUUCGUUAUCGAGGUUCGUUAAUGCUCUCAAAGUUUCUAUUGGUCAAUGACUUUUUGUGAAGUCUCGACGCAGUCUUUGCGAGCACGAAUAUUUAUUUCGUUUGUUUCAUGACGUUUUGGGAAGCCCGCUGGGCGUGGCUUCUCGCCACCCGAAACUGCUAUUUGGAGGGAGUCGAUGUACCGAGGAUCGACGCAGUUUUUUCCGUUGUCGAGCAAUAAAUAAUUCGGAUCAAUAGAAAAAGGAGUUUCCAAGUCCCGGCGAGGUCCUCGCUCGGCUAAUUCUGCAACGGAAAAAGCAACUAAAACUACCAACAAUUAAGUUCCUUUCCGAGGCAACGAUGUUUCUAAAUUUCUCGGACGUCCGAAGACAAAGGAGCCUCGUCACGAUCUUAUCCACGUUUGAUUUUUAAUUUAUCAAAACGUCGCUUGGAGCGCUACUCUCGCAUGCACGUAAGAGCGCCGCUGCCUGCGUAGCAGUGCGACUGUGAACGUCGAAUCACGAGGAUCGAUAUCAACGAAAGUCACGAAGAUCCCGAAACGCGAACCCGAUUACAUUACAUUUGAGAGGAUAUUAUCGUGCGUGAGAUAAAAGAAGAUAAUGUCGCAAAAUUCUACAAGUAUCAAUGGACUCUCCAACGAGAGUAUGGGUGGUGUUAAUCCAGGAAGUAACCAUCAUGUUACUGCUAUAAGUUGCACCCCGCCACCCUCUUAUCACAAUAUCAAUCUUCCACCGGGUCAUCCAGCUGUGUUGAUCAAUGAUCGUGGAGCUCCUCCAUCCUACGAAGACGUCAUUGAUCCCAAUGCCCCGCCACCAUCAUACGAUUCUCUAUUUGGACGUAUGAGAGAAGCCCACAAAGCAUCCAAAGGAGUUUUCGAUUUCCUCUUAAAUAUUGUAGUUCUGCUAUUGGGCACAAUCGGCUGUACGAUCAUCAUAGGUGUGACAAUAGUGGUGCCCAUAUGCAUGAUGGUGAUAGGGGGAAUCUAUUUGUACGAUUGUCCUCAGGGUGAGUAUAUACCGGUUUAUCUCCUCGUCGGAGGAGGUUUCGGUGUUUUCAAGCAACUUCUGCAUCUCUCAGCGAGGGUUAGAAAACGUCAGGAAGAAAGAGAUGAGGAGAGAAUGAGACAAACUCCAACUCAGACAUUAAUCAAUUGUUUUAUGCUCGGCUGGUUCAUAAUCGGCUCGAUGUGGGUGUAUAAGGAAUACGAGCCGAAUUAUGAUCCAUCGCGGGGAAAAUAUUGCAACAAGACGCUUUACCUGUUCGCGUUCUGGUUGAUAACGUGUGUUUACAUUGUGCUCGGUUUAAUAACAGCCGGUCUGUGCAGCAUAUCCGUAGCAAGUAUCGCUUUUCAGCGAAGACCGCCGGAUCUCAUGUGAGGCAUGGUUUCAUUGCCUCAAGAUCGGUACGGGCCUUGAAAAAGAAAAUCAAUAUUCGCGCUUUUAUAAAAAACCACAAGCGCGCGCAUUCACGUGUGAGUCAGAGAAAAAAUAGCGAUGAACUUGAAAAACAUCGUGUUUUUGGUGACGAAAGCGAAGGAUCGGUGAUGAUUUACAGCACUCGAAUGGAGUAACGCUCGCUUAUAUAAAAUGCGUGCUGUCAAAUUGACUCGUAUUGCACGAGUGAGCUUUCAUAAAGAUCCUUCGCGACGAUAAUGGACUAAUUUGAAAAACUUCGAGAACAGCUGGUUGUUCCGUGGCAAGGCCUUAAGAAGUGUGAAUAUCCGGCGAUGAAAAUAAAAUGGGAAAGAUCCUACCCACCGACUAUUGCAGCAUGACCAAUAAGCACGAGAAUCGGAUCGACGGCUGUGUAAUUAUGGUUUUUUUUUUGCAAAUUGCGAUUUUAAUUCGCCUAGAAAAAAAUGUAACAAAAAACUUUACUAAUUGUGCCAAGAUGGAACGAGUUCGACAAGCUCGUUCCAACGAACAAUCAACUAUUAUUAAUAAUGCGUACGAUGCGCACUAGAUAACGUAUAAAAGUGAAAGGGAAUCAACGUUCAGCCAAUAGUUGUAACAAAAAAGGUCGAGAAAUUCGUCAAUCAGAGGGUAAUUCAACGCACAACCGGCAUAGUACCAGCAUGUUGUGUAUAUUUUUACAGUUAUUUUAAUUUAGAUUGGCUAUUCUGAGCAAAAAAUCUGGUAUAAAUUUUAGAUAAUUAUUGAGUGCUGUUUUUGUUUUUAACGCGUGAAAGUCAUCGAAUAUUUUCAGCACAUUGUAAAUAAAUGAAGAGAUUCCUGGCGACAAUAAGGGUCACCAGGCGAUCGUCGCGAACAAGACAGAUCAGAAGAGCCCUUUAUUUUCCGAGUAAUAUUAGCUUCUGUUUCGGGCGAGUGUGCUUUUAUAAAUUGUUCGUCAACGCAUGCGUUUUAGUCAAGAACAAACAAAACCAAAAACUUAUGAACAUGAAAGAAAAAAACAAUGGAACAAAUAAGCGCAGUUGACCUCACGCCGAGAGAUCUGCCGUUAUAAGACUGUAUAGUUAUUUCCAAUUUUGCCUCUGCGUUGCUUUUUUCAUCCAUUUUUAUUCCGUCCUUCCACACAAAAAAUUCAUACAUACACAUAUAUCUUUAUAUAUACACCUAUAAAAUAUAUACUCCCGAUUAAGUGUCUCGUGUAUUUUAUACCCUCGACAAUUUACCCUAAUUAGUCUUUAUCCGAAAUGGUUUUCGCUUGAUAAUUUUUUUAUACCGUAAGCUACGAAAAAAACCAAUUUUUCAUUCUUAAUAGUUAAGGAAACGAUUGUAUCGUAAAUCAGUCUGAGAAUGGAAGUUUUCGAGGAGGUGGCGAGUCAUUGCGAAAUUAUCGAUCAGUGAUGGCGAUACUUUUUUGACAGAUGUAAUUUUCCAAAUUUUCUGAAGAUUCUUUUGAACAAUCAAUAUUGCUGAAUUUUAUUGAAAAAAAAAGGCUGAACAGAGUAAUCACCUUCGGUACAUAUAAUUACUGUCGUAGUACUUAUUCACUGAACUCACGUCAGUUGAUUUCAUUGUCAGAAUAUUGGGAGAUUAAACUAUUUUGAAAAAUAACGAUACUUUAUUGAUAUUUUUUUUUUCGAGCACUGGCAGACAAUGACGAAAAAUUUCUAUGGGAUUUCAUGGUUUUGUAGUUGCACUCAUACGGAUUCGUUUUCACGAUUGUUCACGAACCGUGUGCUAUUUUCGAUCCUUUGUAAAUUAUAAAUAAUUAAUGUUGAUGCUGAUAUACAGAGAGAAUUAAAUUACUAUUAAUAUCUCCAAGCGUAUUGCACCGUUCGGUGGAAAAUAUUUUUCGUUUCGGCAGCUAUUCAGUUGCAAUCUCAUCACAUUUUUGCUACAUUCUCACCUCGUUUGUUUGGCAUAAAUUUUGUAAAUCGCUGCGAAAAAUUCUUCUCUACCACCUUGUUAAUAUUCGUAAAAUCGAAUAACUCAAUGUGAUAAAGGUUUAAAGUAAUAAAAUGUUGAUACUCGUAAAUGGAAUAUACCCAAAAAAAUGGUAUUCCGUAAGCCAAUAAAACGCUAAAGGAGAAUAAAUAUGCAUCAGAUGGAGAACAAACGAGGGGCAAAACGAACGACAGAUGUGUGAUUUCUGUCGAGAACCCAUGAGGAAAAGAUCGUGAUGUGCGAUGACUAAGCGUUUCGACGUUCAUAAAGGCAACAGUGAUGCAUUAUGCGAGCAGUGUACGUGAGAAUUGAAAAAAUAAAUAUACAAAAAUAGGCUCCAUGCACAAUUCAGCCCCAAUGGAGCCACGAACAAUGCGGUAAUAUUAUUACUAUGGAUGCAUAUUCGUUCGCAUUUUUUGUAUCGACAAUACUCAAAUAUGUCAAAAUAUGUUAAAAAAAGUUGGAGAAAAAGAGAAAUAAAAGUACAGAAAACGA